GUGACGUCACGAACGACAUUAGCAGAUUACACACAACUGCGACGACGACGCUGCUUCUCGGCCCUUUUCGAGCGUUUUUCAAGACAAGCCCGACGAUUCGGGCCCGCGGGCGCCGACUCGGCCUCGCCGGGCACCCGUCGGCGCCGCCCCGACCGCCCGACGAGUGAGUUUGAGUCAAAAAUCGGCGUUGGCGAAUCGCAGGAAGGACGGAGACAAACAGGGCUCGCGAAUAACCUUGAAGUUCUGCUGCUCUAUCAGCCCGAGAGUGUACGUUUGCGUUUCAGGCUCAAGAGUUUUUGUCCAACCCGCCGGACGUAGGGAUGGACUCUGAUGAGGGCGAGGGCUCCUCCGAGCCCGCACAUCACGCCCGGCGCCCCAUGAACGCGUUCCUCAUCUUCUGCAAGAGACACCGUGGGGUGGUGCGCGAAAAGUAUCCCACCCUGGAGAACAGGUGCAUCACCAAGAUUCUGGGCGAGUGGUGGGCCCAGCUCGAGCCGCCCGAGAAGGCCUGCUACACCGAACUGGCCAAAAAAUACAAGGAGGCAUUUCUGGAGGCCAACCCUGACUUCAAGUGGUACAAGCUGCCAGCACCACCACUCAGGACGCUUGUCACCCGACCGUCCAACCAGAAACCACCAAAGUUGGAAUACCCGUCAGUGUCAGGACCCAUCGUGCCUGGAAAACUGGCAGAUGAAACGCAAAUGGGGGGUCUGAGCAGCCUCUUGUCUUCACCGCCCGUGACCCCGACCUCGCCCACUGUUCCCAAACCGCCGAAAAAGCGGUACCUCGAAGAAAGUUCUGCUUUUUCAAGCGGCGUGACCCCUCUCUCAGCCUGGGAGGGCACCUCCUCCGACAAGGGCGACGAGAACUCGCGGGACAGCAGUCUGGACAGCGAAGGAAAGGACUCGGGAUUGUGCAAUUUGUCGCCCACAAACACCGGAGGCCCAUCCACUCAGUCGCCACUGCUGAACCAGGCCUGGAGCCAGCUGGGGGCCAAACCAGGACCCUCGGCCCCAGCCUCUUUGAAGACCUCCCAACUCAUCGACAGGGUGGUUGAUCACAUGUGCGCCACUCCUGAGGCGGCACCUGCGGCGGCGGCGCCCAGCUCAUGGGCAGACGUUGCCAGCAGGGAGACCAACAACAAUGAGGAGGCGUCUUUUUUCGAUGAUGAAGAUAAACCAAAUGUCACUGAAGAACCUAGCAAAAGCUCAGGUCAGUGGAUUCAGUCGAAGGACCCCAUUGCUAGUCGUAGUGAUAUGCAGAGCCACGAAGCUUUCCUUGAAGUUCAGCAAAGGCAUCUGAAAGGGAAAGGCUCUCAAAACAGGCGGAAGUCAGUGCGCGCCUGCAAAGGAAAACGGUAUCAGGAAUUCAUGAGUUCUGGAAGAAUAACCACUGGCAAAAGAGGUCGCCUCAGGAUGUACAAAAGCCUGGACAGUGAAGGGUCCAGCAAAGUUAGGCACAACUCUGGUUCAUCCACAACCUCGGAGAAAACGGAUUCCGCAUACUCCGAAGCCAGUCGAGGAUCGAGGGAACCAAACGAGGAAAUGCUUUUUUCUCUCCAAGGCAAAAUUACUCCAACUCCCACUCUUGAAAUGGACGCUGAGUAUGAAAUGACGCCCAAAAAGCAUCGUCACAUUUCUGAGUGCUCUGAAGAUUCUGAACUUGACGCCAAUUUGAGGAAGCGGUUUCGUGCUGCUGAUUUUAAUUUGGACGAAAAAAUCGACGCCCUGCCUUCCCUAAGUCUUGAGGAGUUUCAGCAGAAGAAGAAGGCCAAGAAAAAGAGAGCUUCCAUUGCUCCGUCGACGCCUAAGAAACAUAUUAUUCGUGACAGAGCUCUUGAAAUGACUCCUGUUUCCAAAUAUUCUGUGCAAGCCAGCUGUUCUACUCCAACGAAAAACCCUCCGCUGGUUGGCAGUCAGAAGAGAAAAGCGCGUCGGCUGCAGAUUACUCGUGUGGACCCCAACUCUCCCCACAUGACCCGUGAUAACUCUGCGGUCGAACCCACUGUCCUCAUGAGCGACAUCGGACUGGCAACACUAGCCGAAGUAGCAUCAGCAACCAAGAGACUUAUCAAGCAGUAAGUAACGAUGAUCAAGAGAGAAACAACGCGCGCUAAUUUAAUUACUUCUGCGGGUUCGGAGCUCGGCUCAUUUUUGCAGUUGGUCAAACGCUCGUAUUUUUUACUUUUUGGAGAGGACGUCAUUUUAUUUUUCUUUGUCGGGGAAAAAAAAGAAUAAGGCUUGCCUAUAUAUAUUUACGGGAAUGUGACUGUUGUGAGCAUGUUUAACAUUCAUCAGGCGAACUUUGAGAUAUCAUACACAUUUUGUAUUGAUCGAGUCACCGACUUUCUGUUUUGCCUUCAGUACAAACAGAUUCAUUACUUUUAUCGUGAAUGGAGCCGCACCAGUUUAAUCGAGGUGGAGGUUUUUAAAAUAACACAGUUGAUUGCAGUGACAGCAAUAUUUUUGAGCCUUACUUUCACAAAAAUGGUCGUUUCGAUUAUUCAACUGAUUUGAUUGAAUUUUCCACUCUCAUGACAAAUUUUAUCCUGACGAGUUUACGGUGUCCACAGAAAAGAAACAAAGGCUCAAGCGCCGUCAUGCUUUCUUUUCGAAACUAACUUUUCAAUAGUGAGGGCGAAUAUCUCUCUUGCCCUUAGCGCGUAAUUAAUUAAAAUCAAGGAAAUGGAGUACCUGCGUUGAUGUUUGUGUAGAGUAGAAAGAGAAUCUCUCACCUGAAGAGAAAGUAAACUCAAUUUGGCACCAACUCGAACAAACACUAAAUUUCGUUGAGAAAAUUUUCCAAUCGGCUGUACAUGAUCGAGAAUAAUAUUGAAUUGGUGCCAAUUUAAGCAGGGCGCACAUUUGAAAGAAUAUUUUUCUGUGUUUUCUAUAAAUAUUAAAAAAAAAUGAACUACUAACUGUUAGGGAAAAAGUGAAAAGUUUAAAAAGUAGCAAAAGAGAGCCUUUGCAAGUGCGAGGCCAACACGAUGUGAUCUGCCAGACAGAAUGAGUGAGGUUUUGAGAAAUUUAGUUGAUUUUCACGGUUUGGUUUUUUUUUAAUUAGUCAAUCACAUUUAAUAAUACAGUAGUUUUGUCUUUCGUUUUUUUCGUUUCAAACAUUUCCACGUAACUUAUUUUUGUACGUUGUUUUAGUCAAUUUUGUUACCACAAAUUGUAAUUAAACUCAUUGUUAUUCGCUCUGUAUACGUUUCCAGAAGAAAAAUAUUUAAUUGUGUUCAAUAAUUCAAAUUAUUUCCUCCAUUUUUUUUAUGAUUCCCUUUUAAUUCUUGCAUUAAUUCAACUGUGAAAAUCAUUCUUUUAUCGAAUAAGGGCUUUUAUGUGAUUGAUGGUUUCAUCCUUUUUUAAGUAUUUAAUCUUCAUUAUUUUAAGUGGUCUACUUUGAUAGUGCCUUGAAUACUAUAAAAGUUAUUGUUGCGAGAUGGAACGAUCCAGGAACUAACAAGUAGAUAUCGGUUGAAACGGAAAGAUUUAAAAGUUUUUUUGAAAUCCAACUCGGAGUGCGAAACUGGAAAUAAAUAGUUGUUUUGGAGAGAAAAUAUUAAACCAACAAACGUGAGUUUCCACUUAUUUUUAUAUAUGAAUCUUGCUUCAAAUGAGUAUUACUUUUAUUCAAAAAAUGGGAAGAUUUUUGCUAGUCAAAAAUGCUUUGGGAAAAUACACGAGGAGACACAGCAAGAAAGAAAUAUUUGAUCUAUCGCAUUUAAUUUGUAAAUAAUUUCAUUUAAAAAUAACUCAGUGAGAAAGAAAGUCGGGAAUUUCAAGGGAUGUUAAUUUUAAUCUCUGAUGCCGUCAGUUAGUUGAACGCCUGGCCCAAAAUUGGACGGACAAUCCCGACGGAAAUCCUAAUCCGCUUCGACGUAGUAGAGCAGGCGAUUGAAUCAAAAUCAUGUUCUUUGAGAGAAUGAGAAACUUUUACACUUAGUCCUGCUGGGAAACAGGGCCGAUUUUCUCUUCCAUCCCAAAUCAACUGUUAUUUUAGAGGGUAGAUCCCCCCGUAAAAAGUAGCGAUCGCUUUCUUGUAUGUUCACCUCAUAGUGUCUUAACUGACUUUAAAAAAAAUCUUUAAAAAAACACCCACAGUUUGGUAGAAGGAAGUUUUAAAAUUCUUCGGAAUUUUCACUUUAUGGUAGUUUAGAAAUUCCGUCAUUUGAAUUGAAAGAAGAAAAAAAUCAAGCAAAAUUAAACGAAUUUUUAAUCCACUGUCAGGUACAGACCGACGACAAUAUUAUGAGACAGCAUCCGUGGGAAUUUUUCAACCUUCUUGAUUCAAUUUUAAGUUCUGAACAAUGCUUUAAUUAAUUUUAAUCAAAGAAACGUAUGGUGGUGAGAGUAAUUUUAUAUGUAUUAAUUUAUUAUUUCUCUUCGGGAGUUUUUGUUGAUGUAACGGGGUAUUGUGAGAACUGUUAUAUUAUUUUCCAUUAUUGUUUUAAUAAUUUUAUCGUAAAACUGUAAUUAAAUUGUUGUUGGAGUAAAAAAAAGUGUAAAAAAUAUUACGAUAUAAAUACACAAGCGUAACCUAUCAAUAUUAUAAUUUAGGAGGUUCUGAAAUUUGUAAAUAUUAUAAAUAAAAUAUAUAUAAAAAAUUAAUAUAUUAUGAAUAUUACAAACGUUACAUUGAUAUAAAUAUAAACAUACAAUGCUAUUU